AAGCUCCCCCAUCUUUCAACAAUAUCGUAAUUUCCCAGAUCAUCUUUUUGUUUUUACCAUUUCUCUUCUCUUUCAUCUUUCUCCCUCUAUACAAUACAUUAUAUAAACAUUUCUAUGGUGGACUUACAAUCAGCGUGUUAUUUGAUUCUUACACUCUUCAGCCAUAAGCAACAACCUUCACUGGUGAUUGUCGUAUUUAUCAAACGUGGCAUUGGCCAUCUAUGGCUUUAAUGAAAUUUGAUGUGAAAUUAGGUUUAGAGUUUAGUAGAUGGAGUUACUUGGGAGGAAUUUGUAUGAUUUUGGUGGGGAAAAAUGGUGUGUUCUGCAUUUAGGUGGGUUUUAAUUAGGGUAAUUUCAUUGUUGUAUGAUGUGUUAAGAGUCUUAGGUUGGGGGUAGUGGGGUUUGAAGGAUGACUGAUUUUCAGCAACAACUGCAACAGAAGCCCGAGAGCACAGGGGAUGAUGCCAGCUCUGAAUUUGAGAGGGGAUGGGAGGAGUUAAUAAUGCGCGGGCACUUGGACGAGUGUAUGUCGUUUGCUUCUUGUAGUUCAGCACGCAACACUGAAGACGAGGACGAUGAGAGCAAUGAUCGUCUUGUGAGGAGGAGAAGGAGGAGUUCGGGAAUUGAAGGUGGUGAUGACCUGGCUGAGUCUUCUGCUGCUAGGAGGAGGCAUUCACGGAUUUUGAGUAGGUGGGCUGCUAGACAGGCAGAAGAUAUGAUCACUACUAUUGAGAGGAGGAAUCGUGAGUCUGAGUUGAUGGCACUUUCUGGUUUGCAUACUGUGUCGACGCUUGAUUCUUCGUUCUUGAGAGAAUCACGAUCUCCUAGUUCAAGGCAUCAGGGUGAUGCUGAGAGGAGCAGUAGAGCUUCGACCAUCUUGCAAAUGUGGCGGGAGUUGGAGGAUGAGCAUAUACUGAAUCGUGCCCGAGAUAGGGUGAGGGAAAGACUGACACAACAGAGGAGUGUGGAUUCUAGUACCAAUAUUUCUAGUACUAGUAUUUCAGAAAGCCGGGAGAGUGAGAACCAUGGUAGUUUGGUGGAUGCUAAUGAGAGUGAGAAUGAAUAUGGUACUUGGUCUCCUGAUGUGAUUGGACCACAGAUUGAGAACAGUGAGCAUGGGAACUCCAGCCGUGAACAGUCUCCUGAUCUAGGGGAAGUUGAGAGGGAGAGGGUGAGGCAAAUCGUUCGUGGAUGGAUGGAGAGUGGGGUCAGUGACCAUUCAUCUAAUGUCUCCCAGAGGAACGGUGGCCCAAGAGGCGAAUGGCUGGGGGAGACAGAGCGUGAAAGGGUAAGAAUCGUGAGGGAGUGGGUCCAAAUGACUAGUCAACAAAGAGGAGCUCGUGGUGGCAGAAGGGAAGAACAGUCCAGUGGGCUUAGUGCUCAAGUUGAUCGUGUUCGUGAUGGGUCCGCUGUAGACCAUGAGGAAGGCCAGCCAGAGCACGUAAGAAGGGACAUGCUGAGGCUGCGUGGAAGGCAAGCUUUACUUGAUUUGCUUGUGAGGAUUGAAAGGGAAAGACAGGGGGAGCUUCAGAGUCUUUUAGAGCAUCGUGCAGUUUCUGAUUUUGCCCAUCGCAGUAGGAUUCAGUCACUACUCAGAGGAAGGUUCUUGAGAAAUGAAGUGCCUGCUGAGGAAGAGAGACCACCUUCAAUGGCAGCAAAUGAACUAGUUCAGCUUAGGCAACGCCACACUGUCUCUGGACUCAGGGAAGGAUUUCGCUCCAGAUUAGAAAACAUUGUACGUGGUCAAGUAAGCAGCAAUUCUGAAUCUUCAUCUAACAGUGGCAACGGUGGUUUGAGAAAUAACCAGACUAGUACAAAUCCUUCACAGGAGGUAGAAAACGAAAAUCUUGAGCAGCUGCAGUCUAGGGAACAGGAGCGGAGUACUCAUCAGUUGCCUGAUCACAGAGAGAAUGUUGAUUCCAGUACAGCUGGUCAGGCUACAAAUCAGCUAGCAUCUCCUAACCAAGGAAGGGGUCGAGUGGAACCUGUUGUUGAAGCUGAGGGAGGAAAUCACCGCGAUGCAACUUCUAAUGAACGGACUCGUGGAAUUAUGGAGAACACAAGUGGGAAUUGGCCACAAAAUCAACCAAUUGCUUGGCCCCCUGAAACCACAGGUGAAGUGAACAGAGAUGAACGUCGUUUACCAGAAAAUCAUGAGGUUUGGCAUGAGGUUGGGUCACGAGAAGCUGUGGAGAAUUGGUCAGAAGGGCCUUCUGAUCCUCCUAGAAUGCGACGUUCUGUCCCUUAUAGGAGAGUUAGUAGAUUCCAUCCGCCCGAUGAUGAUAAUGUGUAUAGUAUGGAACUCAGGGAGCUUCUUAGCAGGAGGAGUGUUUCCAAUCUUCUUCGCAGUGGCUUCCGUGAAAGUUUAGAUCAUUUAAUUCAGUCAUAUGUAGAAAGGCAAGGCCGCACUCCAAUUGACUGGGAUAUGCAUAGGAACUUGCCUAUUCCAAGUUCACCAGAAAGAGAUCAGGACCAACAGAAUGAUGAGAGAAAUGUUGCUCAACCGGAAGGAAUUAGCAGGCCUUCACUUGUGCGACCAUCUCCUCCUGUACCUCCUCCACAACCACUUUGGCAUCAGGAUGUGCACCAGUCCGGUUGGCCACGUCACACUGUGCAUCGUUCUGAACUUGAGUGGGAGGCGAUGAAUGAUCUUAAAGCAGACAUGGGAAGACUGCAGCAAGGUAUGAAUCACAUGCAAAAGAUGUUGGAGGCCUGCAUGGAUAUGCAACUGGAGUUGCAACGUUCUGUCAGACAGGAAGUUUCAGCUGCUUUGAAUAGAUCAGCUGGCGGACAAGGGAUUGCUGAGACUUCAGCAGAUGGAUCUAAAUGGGGCCACGUGAAAAAGGGUACUUGCUGUAUUUGUUGUGAUAAUCACAUUGAUGCCUUGUUGUACAGAUGUGGGCACAUGUGCACUUGCUCCACAUGUGCAAAUGAAUUGGUCCGAGGUGGAGGGAAGUGUCCAUUGUGCCGGGCACCCAUUGUUGAGGUGAUCCGAGCUUACUCGAUACUCUAAAAAGAAAGGACAGGAAGCUCAAGAAAAACUGAGAAAAAUUGUUAAGUUAUAGAGGAGUUGUAUGCUCCCUCUUGCCGAGCUUCUUAGAUUCCUUACUUGUAGAGUGCUUACUUGCCUCUGUUCUUCUGAUUAUGUGGUUACGCGCGCUGUAUAGUUGGGAUAACUACCGGCACUUCUAUUGCAUCAUUCAUUCGUAAAUCGAAUGUUUAUUCUUUUCCAAUUUAUGACUUAUUCUGAUUCUUUUCUUUUGUUUUUUUCCUUUUCCUUUUUGUAUUAAGCAAGAAGCUCCGAUUUCUUUUUCCUUUUGUAUUCUAGUUAUAUUAUAUUUUUGGCUUGAAACUAGGUGAAUAGAGAGUAAAUAAUAAAGUAUUGGUUUAUAGGG